AUUAGAAUUUAAUUCUUAUACUCAAAUCAAAUCCAUGGAGUAUAUGUAGCAGUACUUUUAUUAAUAUACAUAUACAUUAGCAUAUGGUGAGGCUAUGAUGCGGCCUUGUAAUUAAAGAAGUAACUUGAUAUUUAUAUGUCAAAUGGAGAUAGUAUUGUAGAGUAUAUUUCUAAAUAAAUCUUGGUAAAACCUGACGUCUAUCUCAAAUCGAAUAAAGGAUAAUUUAUUCAGAAAUAUGUAAGUGAAAUACUUCAUGUUUUUACCUAAUUCGUGUGUUGGUAAAGAUAUCUCCUUAUUAGGAAAAUUAAGUCUUUCUUUUGUGACUUACAGUAAAUCCAGUAUAAGAUCAAAAAAUAAACGUGGAAAACUACCAUGGCUACUCUAUCGUUACGAAUAUCGAUACCGGAAAAGAACGUAACAAAAAUGAUGCAAUUCAAUCCAGCUACAUCAGUAUAUGACACUUGCAGAAUAAUAAAAGAAAAAGUUACAGAAGCCAUUUCCAUGGAACCUAGCAAAGACUUCGGUCUAUUUUUAUCAGAUGAAGAUGCCAAAAAAGGUGUUUGGCUUGAGUCGCGCAGGAGUUUAGAUUACUAUUUAUUAAGAAAUGGCGAUCUUCUGGAAUUUCGGAAAAAAUUACGAACUUUGAGGGUGCGAAUGCUCGAUGGAACUUUAAAAACUAUUUUAGUUGAUGACAGCCAAUCUGUAGCAAAUUUAAUGGUCGUCAUUUGUACUAGAAUUGGAAUUACUAAUCAUGAUGAAUAUUCACUUGUUAGAGAAGUCGAAUAUGAAGAAUUAGAAAAUCAAAGGCCUGGAAAUUUUGGAACAUUAACUUUGAAAAAAAAAAAAGAAGAAAAAGGAGAUAGAGAUAUUAAAAUGGAUCAGUUACGAAAAAAAUUAAAGACUGAUGAUGAAGUCAACUGGAUAGAUCCUAGUAAGACUCUAAGAGAACAAGGUAUUGAUGAAACAGAGACAGUACUGUUAAGAAGAAAGUUUUUCUUUUCUGAUCAAAAUAUCGAUAGUAGAGAUCCUGUUCAAUUAUCACUUUUAUAUGUACAAGCACGAGAUGCUAUCUUAGAUGGUACACAUCCCAUAACCCAAGAACAAGCUAAUAUUUUUGCUGGUAUUCAAUGUCAAAUCCAAUUUGGUGACUAUAAAGAAGAGAAACAUAAGUCCGGAUUCUUAGAUUUGAAAGAGUUUCUACCUCAGUCUUAUUUAAAAGUUAAAGGUAUCGAAAAGAAAAUUUUUCUUGAACAUAAGAAUUACACUGGCUUAUCCGAGUUGGAAGCCAAAGUUUUAUAUACAAAAACAGCAAGAUCGUUAAAUACUUACGGAGUCACUUUUUUCUUGGUGAAAGAAAAAAUGAAAGGAAAAAAUAAACUAGUACCUCGCUUACUCGGUGUGACCAAGGACUCUGUCCUACGUCUUGAUGAAAAAACAAAAGAAAUUCUAAAAUCGUGGCCUCUUACGACGGUCAGAAGAUGGGGAGCGUCGCCUAAUACAUUUACAUUGGAUUUUGGAGAUUAUUCUGAUCAAUAUUAUAGUGUCCAAACAACUGAAGCUGAGCAAAUUUUACAGUUAAUAUCUGGAUACAUAGAUAUUAUUCUAAAGAAACAAAAAUCUAAAGAUCAUUUUGGCAUUGAAGGAAAUGAAGGAUCUACAAUGGUCGAGGAUAGUGUUUCACCGUUAAAAGCAACUAUUAUGCAACAUGAAACUAACAAUAUUGAGAAAGGAAAUAUGGAGUCUGUCUCUGUUGCAAUACCAGCAGUCGUCAGAUCUAGUGUAGAUGGAGCCCGACCUUACGGAACAGGUUACAUGACUGCAGCGCAAUACACGAGCAUAAGUAGACAAAUUAAUAUAUCUCAUGCACCACCUACGGUUCAGCAAUCUGAAGUUACAUGUAUAAUGUCAGAACCACAAAAUGCUUUGAUAUCUACUAUUGUUUUCGGAAAACAAAUUAUUCAAACCGCUGAAAAUCAACUAUUUUCCAAGACGGAACUACCCGAGUUAGGGCAUGAUACAGCAUCUUUAAGAUGGAUAGAGAAAACUACUGAUGCUCACAAACAGAAUGUCGGGGCACAAAUAGCCGCCAUGAAUGCUGCUACAGCACAAAUAGUAACUUUAACGUCUGGCCCCAUAGAUAGUGUUGAUCAUACCGCUGUUAGCGCAGCUAUUACAACUAUAACAAAUAACUUACCUGAAAUGACUAAAUGCGUAAGAAUGAUAGCUGCUCUUUUAGAUGAUGAAUCGUCUGGCGACAAAUUGUUAAAUGCAGCAAGGAAGUUGUGUUCAGCAUUUUCCGAUUUACUAAAAGCCACAGAACCAGACAGUAAACAGUCAAGACAGAUUUUGUUAAGUGCAGCAUCUCGUAUUGGUGAAGCGUCACAUCAAGUUCUUUUGACUAUUGGUGAAGAAGAUGAUACGAAUUGUGAAAUACAAGAUAUUUUACUGUCGUUAGCUAAGAAUGUCGCUAAUACAACCGCUGCUUUGGUAUUAAAAGCAAAAAAUAUUGCAGCUACUUACGAAGAAUCAACCAUUCAGAAUCAAGUAAUAUCAGCUGCUACUAAUUGUGCACUUGCUACAUCUCAGUUAGUAGCUUGUGCUAAAGUAGUAGCUCCGACAUUGAAUUCACCAGCAUGUCAAACGCAAUUAAUGAAUGCAGUUCGAGAAGUCACUAAAGCUGUGGAAAAUCUUGUUAAGAUUUGCAAUGGUACUUGCUUUGAUGAAGAACUACUAAAAGAAUUAAGUGGUGCCGCUGCAGAUGUAACAAAGGCUCUUAAUGAUUUGCUGUCUCACAUAAAAAUAGUUACUUGUGGAGAUAAAUUAAAGGAGUCAAGCCAAGAAAGUGCAUUGGAAACAAUAUUAUCGGCAACUGAUAAAUUAUUUGCUAAUACAGGAAGUGCUGGAGAAAUGAUUCGUCAAGCUCGGAUUGUUGGGCAAGCAACUGCACAAUUAAUUCAAAGUAUUGAAGGUGAUGCCGAAACACAAACUGACUAUGAACAACAAAAAAAACUUCUUACUGCCGCUAAAAUGCUGGCUGAUGCAACAGCUAAAAUGGUGGAAGCUGCCAGACAAUGUGCAAACAGUCCUCAUGAUAUUAAAAUGCAAAAUAAUCUUCGACAAGCUGUUGAAGAAUUGCGUGAAAUAACUACAGCUGCUGCUUCUCCAGCUAUUCGGCGUUCCCUAAUUUUUAAAUUAGAAAAAUGUUCUAAAUAUGCAGCUGCUUCAGCAACUGAAUGUAUUGCAGCAGCAUCUGGAGUGAAUAACUUGGGUGAAAAUAACGUCAGCCUAGCAGAACUGAAUGCAGAAUGUCGGUCAAUAGUAAAAUGUAUCCCGAAUUUGGUAUCGGGGAUAAAGGGAACUGUAUCUCAUCCCGACAAUCCUAUAAUGCAACUCAAUCUUAUAAAUGCUGCUGAACAGUUCUUACAACCUGGUACUGCUGUCGUAAAGGCAGCCAAAUCCGUAUUACCUACUAUUACUGAUCAAGCAAUAUCAAUACAGUUAAAUAGUUGCUCACAACAACUUGGCAUCGCUUUAACAGAUUUAAGAUCUUCGGUGAAUCGGGCAAAAGAAGCUUGUAACGGAUUAGAACUAGAUGUGGCUGAAGAAAGAAUAACAUCUUUUAAAGGUGACCUUGCUGAUUUAAUAGAGUCACUGAAUCAAUCAAAUCUAAAACCAUUGCCAGGAGAAACUACAGAUUUAACGGUUUCAAGGCUUGGUUCUAUAAUUAAAGUAGUUGAAUUUACGGUUAUGCAAUUAGCGUCAGCUGCUAAACAAGGUAAUGAAACAUAUAGCGGUAGUGCUGCAAGAGAAGUAGCUAAUUCUGUGAAAGACUUAAUGGAAGCAGUUAGAGGAGUUGCAGCUACAAUCGAGAAAGAAAAUUUACAGAAUAACAUAUUUAAAUCAACUAAAGAUGUCGUAGAAAAAUGCAUAUGCUUACUUCAAGAAGUACGGCGAGUUUUGAAAAAUUCAAAUGAUAAUAACGACAAUGAAGAUUUAAUGACUAUCGCCAAAAAUAUCUCUUAUUCUUUAAGUGAUUGUGUUUCUUGUUUACCUUGUCAAACAGAUAUUGAUGAAGCUAUGCGGUUGAUAAAUUUUGCUAGUCAAAAGCUAAAUACAGAAGAAUUUAUACCGUCGAACCAAAAUUAUAGACAUUUACAAAGGAAUUUGAAUUGCGCCGCCAAAGAUCUUCAUGAAGCUUCUUCUUCUAUUAAUGCAUCAAAAUGGAUUCCAACAGUUUUAGUUGAUUCUUUGAAGACCUUUGUAAAUUCUUACGGAGAAGUUAUGGAUACUGCAUUAAAAAUGGCUGGACAAACGACAAAUGAAACAAGAUUACAAGUAAUUUAUUCAUUGAGAAACAUCAGUAAAAAUUGUUUAAAAUUUUUAUCUUCUACUAAAGCUAUUUUAGCCGAUUCUGAUGCGCCAAACUGUAAGAAUCAAUUAUCCGUUGCAGCGCGGACAUUAACUGAUUCUAUCAAUCAAUUAUUAGAUAUUUGUAUAUCAGCAGCUCCAGGACAAAUAGAUUGUGAUAACUCAAUAAGAAAUAUUGAGUCUAUGCUUUCAUUGUUAGAUAAUCCAAAUGAACCAAUCUCAGAUACAUCUUAUUUUGAAUGUCUUGAAACGGUUAUGGAAAAAAGUAAAAGUUUAGGAGACGGUAUGACAGGUAUUGCUAAUUUUGCUAAAAAAUCAGAAUACGAGCAGUUUUCGUUAGCUAUAAGAGAAGUUUCAACCUCUAUUUGUGGUCUGAUUGAAGCAGCUGCUCAAGCAGCUUAUCUAGCAGGAGUUGGUGAUCCUACUUCAGUAGCUGGGAAACCAGGAUUAAUUGAUCAAUCAUAUUUUUUUCGAGCUGCUCAAUCCAUACAUUUGAGUUGUCAAAGUCUUGAGAAUCCCACUUCAUCAAAACAACACAUUCUUUCAGCUGCAACAGUUAUUGCAAAACAUACAAGUGCGUUAUGUAAUAUUUGCAGGCUUGCAUCUAGUAAAACUAGCAAUCCUAUUGCUAAGCGACAAUUUGUUCAAUCAGCUAAAGACGUUGCUAAUUCUACAGCUAUUUUGGUUAAAGAAAUAAAAGCUCUUGAUACUGAAUAUUUAGACUUUAAUAAAACGAAAUCAAUAUUUCCUACUAAGCCUCUGUUAGAUGCCGUUGAUAAUUUAUGUGUCUUUGCUAGUUCUCCUGAAUUCAUUAGUCAACCAGCUAAAAUAUCUCUUUUAGCUAGAAAUUCACAAGAACCUAUCAUUUCUGCCGGAAAAUCAAUUAUUACUGGUUCUUGUGCAAUGAUAAUUGCUGCAAAAAGUCUUGCAGUUACUCCAAAAGAUCCUCCAACUUGGCAACUUUUAGCAAAUAAUAGCAAAAAUGUUAGUGACUCCAUUAAAGCAUUAGUAUCUUCUAUUCGAGAUAAAGCUCCUGGUCAAAAAGAGUGUGACUUGGCUAUUCAAAAACUUGGUAUCAAAAUACGAGAUUUAAAUACAGCAUCCUUAAAUGUAAUUUCUCAGACAAUGCAUGUACGAAGAGAAAAUACUAUUCAAGGAUUUUCAGAUCAAAUGAAUAAUAGCAUCUCCGAAUUACGAGAUAGGCUGGAAUUUUUGCAUAAUGCUGCUAAAUAUGAAGCAGAAAAUAUUGGUCAUAUUGUAACGCACAUUUUACUGUACUGUGAUUCAUUAGUUAGUGGAGCGAUAGGAUCUGCAUCUCAUAUGAUUCAAUCAAAGCAACAAGCUAUAUUAUUAGAUCAAACCAAAACUGUCAUAGAAUGCAUACUGCAAUUGGUCUAUGCAACAAAAGAAUGUGGCGGAAAUCCUAAAGCCACAAAUAUUCAUAAUGAAAUAGAUGAUAGUAUAGAUUCUACGAAAGAAUCUCUUCUAGAACUGAAAAAUACUCUAGAAACAAUAUCAAUAUCCAAUGGCAUUGUUACAGGAUUAAUAGAAUCCAUAAAUCGAGCAAUGGUUAGAUUAGAAGGUAAUAGAAAUUCUACGAUGGAAAAUAUGGAAUCAUUUGUUGAUUAUCAAACUAAUAUGGUGGAAUCCGUUAAGGAAAUCUCUAGAUUAGCUCACGAAAUUUCGAAUAAUUCUGCUAUGAGUUCAACGAAACUAGGACCACUUGCAAUAGAUCUUUCUCACAAGUAUACACAGUUAAUCGAAGAUUCAUUAGGUGCAAUGGUUGUUACAUCAAACCCUGACAUAUCAGUAAAAUUAAGAAUGUACAUUCAAGAACUCGGAAAAGCAUGCAUUGAUAUAGUUAAAUCAGCAGGUACUCACGGAAUAAUCUCAGAUGAAAUUUAUACCAGGCAAAUUUUUGACUAUAGCAGAAUAGUGAAUGAUAUAGUAUCUCAAGUUCUCACAGUUUUACAAGCUGGAUCUCGAGGGACCCAAGCAUGUAUAAAUGCAGUAAGCACAGUAUCAGGUAUCAUUGGAGAUCUUGACACAACUAUAAUGUUUGCUUCUGCGGGUACUCUUCAUGCCGAAAAUGAAAAUGAAAAAUUCGCUGAUCAUCGAGAAAAUAUGUUAAAAACUGCCAAAGCAUUAGUUGAAGAUACAAAAACGUUAGUUGCUGGAGCAGCAUCUUCUCAAGAGCAAUUGGCUGUAGCUGCUCAGAAUGCCAUAACAACAAUUAUUGAACUUGCUGAAGUUGUUAAAUUUGGUGCAGCUAGCCUUGGAAGUAGUAACCCUGAAGCACAAGUCAUGUUGAUAAAUGCUGUACGCGAUGUUGCUUCAGCUUUGGGAGAUCUUAUACAUGCUACAAAAGCAGCAAGUGGUAAAAUAAUCAAUGAUCCUACUAUGGCCCAUCUUAAGGACUCUGCAAAGGUGAUGGUAACUAAUGUUACAUCUUUGUUGAAAACUGUAAAAGCUGUAGAAAAUGAACAUACCAGAGGUACUCGUGCUUUAGAAUCUACCAUUGCAGCCAUAGUACAAGAAACAAGAGUACUGAAUUCAACAGAUAAUUUAAAAAUGAAAGUUUCACCUGAAGAUAUAGUUCGUUGUUCCAAAAGUAUAAGUACAUCUACAGCUAAAGCAGUCGCUGCUGGUAACAGCUGCAAACAAGACGAUAUAAUUGCUGCAGCUAACGUAAGCCGCAAAUCCAUCAGUGAUAUUUUAUUAGUCUGCAAGGCCACAGCUCAAAACAAUAUUAAAUCAAACGACUUAAAACAUCGUAUACUUCAAGCUGGUCAUGAUUUGGCUAUGAAUUAUAGAGAAUUACUACAAGUAAUUCUUCAGAUAUCAACUAAACAGAUUGAUUCUAAGCAUUUAUUAUUACCAAUCUCACGAAAAAUAUCUCAAAGCGUAACAGAAUUAGUUGCAAUAGCCGAAAUAUUGAGAGGGAAUAGUGGUAUUAGUCCUGAAGAUCCAACAAUCAUUGCUGAGAAUGAAUUAUUAGGUGCUGCUGCAAGUAUUGAUGCGGCAGCCAAAAAACUUGCGAACCUACGACCACGUCGAGUUAUUCAGGAAACUAAAGAAGAAAUGAAUUUUGAUGAAAUGAUUUUAGAAGCUGCUAAAUCAAUAGCAGCUGCGACGUCAGCUUUGAUAAAAGCAGCAAGCGCUGCGCAACGAGAAUUGAUAUCUGCUGGUAAAGUUUCGCAAACCCUACUAACAAGUUCCGAUGAUGGACAAUGGUCCGAAGGAUUAAUUUCUGCGGCAAGAAUGGUUGCAGCUGCUACUCAUAGCUUGGUUGAAUCAGCUAAUGCUUUGAUUCAAAGUUUUAGCAGUGAAGAAAAGUUAAUUUCAAGUGCGAAACAAGUGGCCAGUAGUACAGCUCAGCUUCUUGUAGCGUGUAAAGUAAAAGCUGAUCCAGAAAGUGAAAACACUAAACGAUUACAAGCUGCUGGAAAUGCGGUUAAAAGAGCAACUGAUAAUUUAGUUCGUGCUGCUCAACAAGCUAUACAAAACGAAGAAGAAAAAUCUCUUAUAUUAAAUCGGCGUAUUGUAGGUGGCAUCGCACAAGAAAUAAACGCAAGAUCGGAAGUUCUUCGAAUCGAAAAAGAAUUAGAAGAAGCUAGAGGAAGAUUGACUGCAAUAAGACAGGCCAAGUACCGAAAUCGAACUGAAACAUCAAGUAAUGAUAUUGAUAAUGAACAAAGUGAUGGUAAUAUUUUGCACCGGUGCGAGAUUCUACCAGCUGUUACGCAAUCUUUUUCAUUUUUUACAUGUUCAAGCGAAGAGCAACAAAAUAAUUCCAUUAUAGAUAACAAUUUAAAAAGCUCGAAAAAAGUUAAUGAAACUCAACAUUCUUUCGGAAAAAAUAGAGAAAGUGAAGAAUAUUCACAUUGUUUCUAAGGAAAUUGACAUUGUAUAUUUAUACUUCAUUCUGAUCUCCAUAGUCAGUGAAGUAACCUAGAACAAUAAUUAAUUUCUUGCAAAUUAUUUCAGAUAACUAUACAGUAAAUGAAACCAUACUUAUUAUGAAAAUGUAAAUAUGAUAUAUAAUCAAAAAUCGAAUUCAAACCAUUUCAAAACUUAUAUUCCAUUAAUCAUGAUAUGACAAAAUUCAGCAUUCAUACAUUAUUAAAUUGUAAUACUAGUAAAUGAAAGACUGCAGAAACAUUUCAUUGCAAUAAUGUACAUUUAUAUAUACAUAUAUAUAUAUA